ACUCUAACCCUAACCACAAUUACUACUGACCUAAUCCUAAUCCUAACCUCAACCUAACCUUAAAACAUAUCUUCACCUUAAAAUGUAGUCAUUUAUGUUAUGGAGACUUGAUUUUUGUCCCCACAAGGAAGACAAGUCCCCAUAAUGUGACAACAACAUUAGUAAUACCUCGAGACACACACACACAGAUCAGAGUUGAAACAGAUAAUCAUUAACUAAAGCUUCCUGUUUAACUUGUUACAGUUAUCACUCACUCACUCACUCACUCACUCACACACUCACACGCACACUAAAUGUUAGAAGUUGAUUUAAAUCCAUGUUUGUGUUCUCUCACAGCUGUUAGUGUGACGUCAUCAGACCGGAGUCUCUGCAGUCAGCAGAAAAGGAAGUGACUCAGAGCAGAAUUUCCAGUGUGUGUGUGUGUGUGUGUGUGUGUGUGUGUGUGUGUGGGCGGAGCCUCGCAGCACAGUCUCUCACACUCACACACACACACACACGAGGAAGUCCAGUCGGCUUGUUCUCUCUGACCUCGAUGCCUCGCGCCGUCCUGAUCCACGGCUGUGGACCGUCAUGCACCGCGGGCUCCUCCCUGUUGCCGGAAGUCGCUCCGGACUCGCAGGUGUUCGUUUUGAGCGGGAAACUUCACCGCGACCUGGCAAGCCGCGGGGGCGCGCACGUGCACGCGCUGGACGGCGGCUCCACAGCGGAGCGCGUGUUCCGCUUCAAACAGCGCGUGGACUUGCUGGACCUGAACACCGUCACGGUGCUGACCAGCCCGCGGGGGCGGGGCCUGAUGACGCGGUACCAGCAGCUGCUUUUCACUGCCGUCUACACCUUUAAAUACAAGGUGGUCGUGGACGUCACCUGCCCGGGCUGCACAGACUCCGCCCACCCAGACUCACCUGGUGAAGGAGUGGAAGAAGAAGUGCGCAAGUUUCUGCAGCAGUUACCUGCACUGAGGGGCGGAGUCACGGUGCUGACGUCAACUCUGAUCCCAGACACUUUUGGUCACGGCUUCAGCACGCGUGAAGGGGGCGUGUCCUACAUCCCGACUCUGUCCUCCUUAAACCUUUUCAGCAGCAGCAGGAGGCGGGACCCUGUCGCCGUGGUGACAGAGAACAGGCGGCGCCUCGCCGUCCACGGAGGCUUCCAUCCAAAACCACUUCACCUGGUCAAGGUGAACCACGCCAGCGACGUUUGGGUCAUGAGCAAAGCUCAACCCGACAGUUACGACGCAAUAGUGACCGAUCAGAGCGGAGUGGUGGUGGCGGCGCCGGGAGCCGACUGCAUGACCCUGCUGUUCACCGACCCUGUGAAGAAAGUGGGCGGAGCCGCUCACGCAGGUUGGAAAGGGACCUUGAUGGGCGUCGCCAUGGCGACGGUAAAGGCCAUGGCGACAGAGUUCGGUUGCCAGGUGAGGGACAUCUUGGUGGCGGUGGGGCCGAGUGUCGGGGCGUGUUGUUUCACCCUGGACAGACAGGAGGCGCUGCAGUUCGUCAGCAUCCAUCCAGACUGUGUCGUGGAUCCAGAGUCAGACCGACCGCACGUCAACAUCCGCCUCGCCAACAGGCUCCUCCUACAGAGAGGCGGGAUCCUGCCCGAACACAUCCACGACGACGCGGUGACGACACGCCCCCGCGUGACGCUCUGCACUUCCUGUCAUCCUCGACUCUUCUUCUCUCACGUCAGAGACGGAGCUCACUUUGGAACCCAGGUGGGUUUCCUGUGGAUCAGAGAGACCGAGGACAGACCUGAGGACGGACCUGAAGACAGACCUGAGGACAGACCUGAGGACAGACCUGAGACACCUUUGAUCUUUUAGGAUCAGAAUGAUGUUUGUUCACAUUUGUAGAAACUGAAAUAAAUGACUUUUAAUAAUA